CAGAAAACCCGAAAGAAAAGAAACAUCUCCUGGAGGAAGCUGGUUGCGUUAAGAGGCGCGCCAGGGAAGGGCGGGGUGAGGUUUGCACGCAAGCUACGGGCCGUGGGAGGCGGCGCCAUGGCCUGCAACUGGCGGUGGCAACACCAAGUGCUUUUUAUCGGCCUCACCUGGCUCCCGACAGGUUGCUUCUCCGUUUUGGUGACUGUGCCAGAUCCUGAGCGCUACACAACUUUAUUUGCCUCUGUGAUCCUCAGGUGUGAUUACAGUACUUCAGCACAACUGCAAGAUGUGGUAGUUACUUGGCGCUUUAAGUCCUUUUGCAAGGAUCCCAUCCUUGACUACUACUCCUUUGCCUAUCAGGCAGGCCUAGAUCUGGGCCAGGAUCCUUCCAAUGACUGCAAUGACAACCAACGGGAGGUGCGCAUCGUCGCUCAGAAAAGAGGGCAGAACGAACCCAUCCUGGGCGUUGAUUACAGGCAGCGGAAGAUCACCAUCCAGAACAAAGCAGAUCUUGUCAUCAAUGAAGUGAUGUGGUGGGACCAUGGCGUCUAUUACUGUACCGUUGAAGCUCCAGGAGAUACAACUGGUGACCCAGACAAAGAGGUCAAGCUCAUCGUUUUGAAUUGGCUGACUGUAAUCUUCAUCGUCCUUGGUGGCCUCCUCCUCCUCCUCCUGAUUGGGGUGUGCUGGUGCCAGUGCUGCCCUCAGCAUUGCUGCUGCCACGUGCGCUGUGCCUGCUGCCCAACACGCUGCUGUUGCAAUGAAAAAGUCCUGGAACGACAUCACUUCAUGAAACAGGCUCAACAGCUUUUGCCAUGGAUGAGACAACACUCCCAGUCAUCUUCAUACCAGCUAAACCCACUCUUACAGCGAGAUAUGUCUCUACAGAGCAGUCAGCCAGUGAUGCCUCCGCUUGCCCAGGCACCCUCCGGCAACAAGUUCUUGGACCACCUUGAGUCUGAGAUCAGGAACCUCAACCUCUCCCAGCCCAUGCUGCCUUCGCACCAUGUCGGGGGCGGGCGGCAUCCCAGUGUCCUCUCUUCUCUGGGCUCGGAGAUUGUGGAACGCAGAGUCAUCCAGCUGCCUCCCAUCAUCGAACGUGUCUCGUCCUCUCAGAGGACCAGCAGCUCGUCACGACUGCUGCGGUCUGCGCGUCCUUCAGUGCCUCGGAGCACCAUCAGUGAAGAGGAGAGGGGAGGGGGGAGGCGGCAUAGGCGGCGUUUGUCUUUGGAUGAAGGUUCCCACUCCAGCUGUGAUCUGGAGUCAUGGGACAGAUAUAGAGACCGCAGACCUGACAGGUGGAGAGACAGCGGCCGUUACGGCAGGCCCCGGACUUCCAGGCCAGAGGGAACGCACAACUUGCAUGGCAGGGGUACUUUUGAUUCCUACCCUGAGGAGGAUAGAAGGGGGUAUUCUGGACAGCAAUACUCUGACAGAAGACACCAGCAUUCGGGACGGCAGACUUACCAACAGAGCAAUGACUACAAACACCGGGGCCGCCGUCGCCACCGCAGCUAUUCGCCACCAUCCCGUCGGGACUCAUGGAGUUCAUCUGAUGAGUACGAGCGUUUCCACGGAAACAGUCGGCGGCCUCGCCAGCACCGCUCCCCGGACUUGCUGGAAGAUAAACCCCCUAGUUAUCGCUCGGUCGACAUCACCCCGACCAAAGGCAGCAAAACCAGAAACCCCACAGAGCAACAAUCGGAAAAAGGCAGUUCUCGCAGUGGAAGGAGUGUUGUCAUUUAGUUGCACUGCAUUGCCACAGUACCAAAUGAGAUGGCUUCAUCGGCUUGAACAGGAGAUGUUCAUCUUUUGGCCGUGGAUAUUAGCUGUCAAGAAUGGCAGGCCAUCGGGGAAUCUGUUUCUGUUCCUCACCUUCAGCCUACGCACUUCAGUUUCCAAUGCAAUGGUUUAUGAAGAGGCAUCACUUUGCUAAUAAAGCAGGAAUGAAACAGCUCGUUUCUAAAAAAAAACUAUUUUCCCCUUGAUUUGACACUUCAAGGUUGCUAGAAACUCAGCCUUUAAAAAACUGGAUUGCUUAGGUGCAAACCUGUGUAUACUUCCCUGGGAGUAAACUCACUGAACACAGUGGGACUUGCUUCUGAGUAAACAUGCAUAGGAUUGCACUGUUAGUGAGGCCCUAAUAUCAGAGGGACAAGAUCUCUGACAUGUAGAACUGUCGCAUGCUGGCAGGAUCCUGAUACAAAUUUGGCUGCAUCAUCUCCAAUAUUAAGAGCUUCCAAACUUUCAAGCCCAAGUAUUUCAUACAAGUAAGACCAAUGGAAAUAAAGGAAACUUUCAUAGGUAAACAUGGUUAAGAUUGGGCUGCAUUCAACUGAUUAACUGAAACUAGUUUGCAUCCAUUUUCUGGGAGGAGGGAAACUACAACAUUACUAAGGGGUGUUUUUGUGUGUGUCUAUUACAUAUUUUUUGCCCAAGUUUUUUUAAAUAUCAAAUCAAAUUGCUCCCUUGCAAGCACCUAAAUAUUAGGCAUCACAAGAGGUUCCCAAUUGCUUCUGUGCUGAAAGGAGG